CAGCGACGGCCGAUGGUGUGGAUGGGUAGAUGGAUGGCAUGACAACCGCCACCAACCAAAACCAGCUAUCAACCGAGGUAAUCUCGAAGAUCGCUCCAUUCAACUCCAUGCCAUCAUCGCGGCUGCUUCUGCUUCGUCUGGUGUUGCAAACCGAUAUGGCUGCCAUCCCGGAGGGGGCGCGCGCACACCGACUGUUUCGGCUGAUUGCCUUCUUGUACCGGGGGCUUGGGAAGUAUGGUUAUAGGGCUCUGGGAGAACGGGUGGUAUGUGAACCACGCACAUGGGUAGUAGAACAACCCGAAAUUGAGUAGAGAGCGAAACGCGAUACGAGCAAGAGCAUGGAAAGAAGGUUGAAGAGUUGGUACCGAGCAUAUGUACGGGCACCAGCGCAGAUUCUUCGCCGGCACGGCACACACGGUAAGCUGCACUUCAUGCGCUUUGGUUAUUCUUGGCUGGUGUGGCGGACGGUGCGGAAGAAGGGCCCAUGCUAAGGGAAUCGCCGAACCGGCAAGCCAAGAGAGUGCGAGACAGACCGAAUCCAGUCGAACGAACCCCACCGACCGACGACGAAGACCGGCAGCACAGCACAUUUGCUAGUAGUUUGGUAGUCGGCAGUACCGCGAUAGUAGUGCAGCAAACGAUAUCCGCCCAAGGUAGACCUAGACAGAGACGUGAAGGACUGCUGAAGCUAGAGCAAGUUCCACACCCCCAUUUUCGAGAAGACUAGACUUCGGUCGGAACAAGUGCAGUCUGGGCGGCUCAGACUUGUAGAUAGAGGCAGUAUAGGUAGAUCUUUUGACAGUUCAAAGAGCCGGGCGACACGCGAGUUUCCGACGACCUCGCGCUGUAUCGGUGCGCUUUCAGAAGACAGGUCUAGCAGGAAGUGUGGUUGGGGGUCGUUUCCAGUGCUUAGUGCUUAGACUCAGAGAACAUUUCGUAGUAAAAUCGAUAGCGGUGAUUCGUUCCCACAUAUAAUCGUAAAAGGGUUUCGAAGAAGAAUUACGCCGGCAAUCGCACUACGCAGUACAAGUACGGACCGAACGACGAUACCAAUCGAGAAGAGUCUCCGUCUGUUGAAAGGGAAAAGACGGUUAGGUGGGCACGGGGGAACACCGCGAGGCCGAGUGAAGCGAACGCGACGCGAGGUACAGUUGGAGGAGGAAGAAGAUUUUCGCCGGGACUAGUCUGUGUAGUAUACAAACGGCCGAGAGCCGGCUGGAAACGAGAGCAAAAGUCCCGUCGUCGUCUCCCCCGAGUGACCGUGUUUUGCUUGUGGUUAACAAAAGAGGCGAAAGGGUUGGACGCCACCACAGACAGUGGAGAAGAAGGCCAAGACUAGGGAAAGGGUGGUCUACAUAAACCCAGGGGGUGGGAGAGGAUAGUGUGUAGUGUGUAAAAGCAGGCUACCGCAGACCCAGCCGGCCAGACUUUAUGUACAAUAAUCACGCUUCUCCACCGACGACGACGUUGUCGUCGUAGUCACGAGAAUCACAAGACAGAGAGAUUGAGAGAGAGAGGAUUCGCAAACGCAACCGUCGAGUAACAGAGCAGACAGAGGCAAGUGAGCGAGCAGCGGCUCAGACAAAGGAGACUGAAGCAAGAAGAUUGACAUCGCCGGCGCGGCGGAGAGGCAGCAAGGUGCGAGUGCGAGACGACGCACCAACUACCAUACCCACUACUCAUCGCAUCGCAUCAUGCAAUUAUCGGACAAGGUUUCAAAAGUCGCAGCAUUUCAUUGAACGUUUCUGAAACGUUAAUACCACAAAAGCAAUAAAGGACUCGGACGACGCGGUCUGCUCCAUUUUUUUAGCAAGGUGCACAGUAGAAGAAACACGGAUUUCGGCACACAAUUCAGAGCUGGAUCCCACGAAACAGUUGUAGGUUAUCGAAAAUAAAAUCAUCAUUAAUAUCUAAUCUAUAACAAAAGUUUGACUGGAAAACAUCGUAAAAACGUACUGGCAGUUGGAGGCAUCCCCGGAAUCAAAACGAACGAAUGCAAGAAGGAAUUUCAAAUUAGCAAAAUUUCAGACGUAGUUUUCUAAGCUCGUAAAUCAUAAAAAUCAACUGCAUUUUUGGACGUAAACCAUUCGAACACAUACUUUCAUCGUAAUUAGUAGAAAUUACUUUCUCGCAUAGAUUGUCAAUCGAGAGCGUAUGCGAUUUUUGUAACAAGUCUAAUCAAACAACAAUCUCUAGGCAAAUAUUUAACCCGAACUUAGUCAAAUUUAACUCGCAACCGCAAUUUCUUCGUAGAGGAAGCAAAAAGGUAGCAAAAUCAGCAACCACACAUUAUACUUCUAAAAGGUUAGACUUUUUUACACACUCACGGCAAGAGCCCCAAAGUAACACGCACAUACCAAUUAAUAAAACAAGGCAAAGAUCGGGCGCGAACCAAGAAGACCAGAAUAUACAGGAAUAAAAGCAAACCGAAUCAUCAUCGCAUCGCGGGCGCGCACGUUUAGAGAUCUUCCUUGAACUCUCCUCCGUGAGAACCAACCAAAUCGUCGACGACGACAACAACAAGUAGCAUCAGCGUGCAAAAGUGUAAACACAGAGGCAACAACAGGGAUUACCAACCAACGAGAAAACAGGAGAAGGAAACAGGAAAACAUCAACUACUACUAGAACCCCACGAACUUACUACCCCCCUUUACCCACACUAACCCUCGCCCAUCGCCAAUUGCCAUCGCCAUCGUUCAGCCCUUUCGUUGUUGGGUGCGGACGGAAUACCUUAGCUCUGUGAAAUUUCGGAGCCGGAAGAACUGGUGCGAGUGCGAGAAAAGUUUUCCCAUCGCAACGGAAACGUGUAAAUUCUAGUGAAAUAUCGUUAUAAUUGCAAUUAAGAAAAACAAAAGUUAUUCCACUCUAAUCGGACACCGAUCGGAUAAUCAAAAUUUGUUACAACACACCCACUGAUCCCCCGAACAACACGUACUACUAUAUUCAGCGGAAAGUACUGCUGAGACCCCACAAUUUCUCAGGGCCGAGGAAGAAGAAACAUCCAGUCAAAAUUCCACUCAUACUAGAAAACCCCAUGUCCUCAGCCAGUAUGGAUGAGUUCUCUCUAGCGUUCGAUGAUAACCGACAGAGUGCCACGACGGCAGCGGCUCUGCUUCCCCCGGGGACCACAACGCUGGCCCAGCUAUCGUCCCACUUCGAGGAUCUCCAGCUGAACAGCCCGGGUAGUGGAGGAGGUGGCGGCGGCGGCGGCCCGCUGAACCUGGCCAGCGUCACCGGCGCGGACAAUCACCAUUCCGGCGGAAACGCCGUCGACGAACUGAUCCAGCAAAACUCCAAAGUGUUCGACACGUUUGUGGCGAUGAUCAACGGACUGGCACCCAAGGUCGAGGAACGACCGGUCAAAUACAAGUCGCACACGGAGUGCGUUCCGGUGCCCUCUUCCGAGCAUGUGGCGGAAAUCGUCGGCCGGCAGGGCUGCAAGAUCAAAGCCCUGAGGGCCAAGACGAACACGUUUAUUAAGACACCGAUUCGAGGGGAAGAACCGAUUUUUGUGAUCACCGGAACCAAGGAGGACGUUACGAGGGCGAAGCAAGAGAUCCUAUCCGCAGCGGACCACUUCAGCACGUUGCGGUCGUCGAAGAAGCAGGCCAUGGCUCUGCUGGCCGAGAGUCGGAACAUGCUCGGGUACAGCACUCCGGACGAGAUCACGAUCCAGAUCCGGGUGCCCCAGAAGGUGGUCGGGUUGGUGGUAGGACCCAAGGGUGCGACCAUCAAGAACAUUCAGCUCAAGACCAAUACGUACAUCAUAACGCCCAAGCGGAACCAAGAGUCGGUAUUCGAGAUCACAGGACUGCCCACGAACGUGCACACGGCGCGGCAACUGAUCGAGGAACACAUCGCAACCCGGGCCGGAACAUCGGCCACCAGUUCCAGCGCAAGUUCCAGCAGUUCGAGCAGUUCCAGUUCGAGCAGUUCUAGUUCGAGCAGUUCGAGCAGUGGGGCCAGCACUGCCAACACUUCCCCCCAGAGCUCGAUGACCAACGGCCAUCACGAUCUGCUGCAGCAUGGCGUCGGCGGCGGAGUCAACGGCCUGCACGGUCUGCAUGGACUCCAAGGUCACCAGGACUUUGACACGAACCAGUUCAUCAUCGACAACCUGCUGGAGUACUUCAACAACAUGAGCACGGCGUACAACUCGCCGACGAACGGCGGCGGCGGCGGUGGCGGAGCGCCACCCACCCUGAACGGUCUGGUCAACGGUCAUCAUCAUCUAGCGGCGGCGGCCGCUGGCCUCGACGGCAAUGGCAGGGGACUGAACAACGGCGGAGGUCUCUGUGGAAAUGGCGGCAGCAACGGGCUGGUGGGCAGCGGCGGUGCCAACCUUGGCGUCGGCGUCGGUGGCAUCGAAAGCGUACCGGACUUUCGGAACAUCUGGGAGAACUUGAGCGAAAGUCAGGGCUCCGGUGCCGGGACGGACACGGACAACUCGUCGCUGAUCUGGACGCUGCCGUCGUCGUCGCGUAACUCGGUGUCCUACUCGCCGGACGAUUUCAUCUUCCAGCGAUAAGGUAACGGUGGAAGGAGCGGCGGCAGCAGUGCUGCCGGAGGUUAUUAUUAUUAAUUUUUAAAGCUAUUAUUGAUAUGUACGAUCGGAUUUAUUUUUUUAUACGCGCUAUUUCUGGUAUGUAGUGAACUUUUGCAAGUGUUUUUAUUUUUGAAUAUUUAGUUAUUUCUGCGAUUUAUUAUCUACUUUUAUAAAUGAUGUCUCUUCCGGGGUUCGAUUGAGGAAACGUUCCGGUUCAGAGGAAUGCGCAGUCAGAAGAGUAAGAAAAAGGAAGAGUAGGCCGACCGUGUGAAGUGAAAGUUAGGAGAUGGAAGAUAUAAUGUACAGAGAGGUUCUUAACAAUCGUAACUAAAGAUGCAACUAUUAUAUCGUUUAUGUAUGUUUUGAAGAGGAAAAUAGAGAAAAAAUAUGAAUGAACAACAACAAGGAAAAAUGGCAGCGUAGUUAUUCGAAAAUGCAUUUAGAUUGACGAUGAAAACGGGGAACUAUUGUGGCGCCACUAGGCGUCAACGGCGGGAAUGACAAGUUGAGCAGUGUUGCCAUGAAUGUUGGGUUGAAUUUUUGCUUAUUGCUUGUGAGCAAUAUCAGGCUUUUCGUUGAAGCUUCUCAGGGGUCCUCGAGGAAGCCUUUCACAGCUUUCCGAGGAAGCCUUUCAGAGCUUUCCGAAGAAGCCUUUCAGAGCUUUCCGAAGAAACUUUUCAGAGCUUCUCGAGGAAGCCUUUCAGAGCUUCUGGAGGAAG